AUGACUGUGUCACCUGAACCACUCCUUGUCGACCUUGAGAUCGAAAAAAUAGCUCGUAGAAACAACAGUGACACUAGGAGACGACGAGCCAUUAGUCAACAAGCUGCCCCUGAAUCUUCGACUUAUCUCAAUAAUCAACCUAUUGAUCUUCUGGAUACUUCUUUUGUGAACGAGAUGAAUGGCACAAGACCACCUCCACGAAGAACCAUAGGGGACUCCAUUGCUUACACUAGCCCGAGAAAUUUCUCAAGCAUUGUGAGGCCCACUAUGAGUGAUAAACUUGCAGAAAUGAAGCCAACUUUACUCCAACUCAUCAGUUCUAAUCAAUUUUCUGGCAUGGAUAAUGAAGACCCUCAUGCUCAUUUGGUCAAUUUCUAUGAGUUGUGUGGCUCUGUGGGUGCUCUGGGGGAGGAGGAAGAAGCAUUGUAUAUGAGACUCUUCCCAUUUUCUCUGAAUGGCAAAGCAAAUGAUUGGCUUCAGUCACAACCUAAUCAAAGUUUGACUAGUUGGGAGGAUGUGGAACACAAAUUUCUUGCUCGCUUCUUUCCACCAUCUAAAAGCACAGAGGUAAAGGCUGCGAUUGCUACUUUUGUCCAAGGAGUAGAUGAACCACUGUGUGAAGCCUGGGAAAGAUUCAAAGCUUUAUUGAGGAAGUGUCCCAGUCAUGGUUUUAGCUUGGAGAUGCAAGUGCAAAUCUUCUACAAUGGUUUGCAACCUCAUACAAUGAUGAUACUUGAUGCAUCUUUUGGUGGGUCGGUUCUGUUAAGAACUGCUGAUGAGGCCAUUGCUAUUAUUGAAAACAUGGUUUCCACUGACAUGCGGAGCCGACGUGGGAGGACUCAAGUUCAGAAAAGAGGAGUUUAUGAACUUAAUGCUCAAGAUGAUAUACUUGCACAAAACAAACUUCUUACCCAACAAAUGGAGGUCCUAACCCAAAAUAUGGCCAAGUUACCUCAGCAGUUGCAAGCAAUGCAAAACCAAGCUCAACCGCAUCAUCAAGUUAUGAGAUGUGAUUUCUGUGGAGAUAAUCAUCUUAAUGGCCAUUGUCAAGUUCCUAGUGGUUCCCAAUCUGAAGAAAUCAACUACAUGGAGAACCAAGGAAGACAAUAUUUGUUCAACAACACCUUCCCUAAUCCUUCCAAUCAAGGGUGGAGACAAGCACAAGGAGCUUCUGGUAGUAGAAAUUCUUAUCAACCUGCUCAUCAAUACUCAUCUUAG